AGAAUACGGCUUUCCUGUGGGAGGGGCAAACUUUGUGUGGACGUUGACAAUUUGGACGGCUUCAGUACUUGUCUGGCUACGUUAGCUGUAGGCUUUGGUAGAUUUUGUGGGGUUUCACACUUAGGCGAAGACCUUAUUUGCAGUUUAUAUACGAUAUAGAUAGCUCAGAAGUUCGUACAAUAUGGUGGCAAAACAGAGAAUUCGCAUGGCCAACGAAAAACAUAGCAAAAACAUCACGCAAAGAGGCAACGUAGCCAAGAGCACGAGAAACACCCAAGAUGACAAAGUGUCAGUGGGGCCGUGGCUGUUGGCACUCUUUAUUUUCGUAGUCUGUGGAUCAGCAAUCUUCCAGAUCAUCCAGAGCAUCAGGACGGGGAUGUAGCUUGGAGACCAUAGCUACCCCAACCCUUUCUGCAGACGAUACCCCAGCAUUCCUUGCUCAACCUUUCCAAUGGUUACACCAUGCCUAGCAAGCAUUUGUGGCAACUAUCCGUCUUUUUAUUUUCUACUUUUUUUAAUUGUUCUGUAUCGCCAAGCUGUGUAACCACACAGGGUCAUUCCUUCCUUGUGCCUUAGACCAACGGGGAGCAAAAUGCGCAAAAGCCAUACAAAAUGUGCAUUUUCCAUUCCAGUCUGGGACGUCAGACAAGACUGUAAAGCAUUCGGCUUAAAAAAUAUGAUUUAAAGUGAAUGUGUUCUUAUCAUUCACACCUUUACCUCCUUUUGACAGAACAAGAGCCUUUUUGAUUACUUUCUGCAUGUAUGAUUACAGUCCAAUUACUCUUUAUUUCCUCUUUAUUAUAAAAGAUGGAUAUAGCAUUAUUUUCAGUGUCUGUGAGCCCUGUUGUAAGGGACCUCUUUCAGUGCCAAACAACAUUGUCAGGUCUGAAGAUGAUGGCAGAAGUGUUUCAUUGAAGAGAGAACUUAUGAACACAAUAUAUAUCCCAUCUAUAUAAUGAAAUAUUAUGUUUCCCAUCUCCUCAAUUGUGUAACAUUAUUCUGUGAUGUUUGUCCUGUACAUUCUGUUUUUUAAACAUAAAGUAAGCAGAUAGAAGUAAAUGUGUGGCUGCACUUUGUGUGCCGUACUUCAAAUAAAAUCUGCAUUUGCUGCUAAUGGGUAAUAAAAUGGAGGUAGUAACUUGUGAA